GUUGGAAGUUUUUGCGGGGAGCUAUGGCUGCUUCCGAAAAUCUCGCUAGUAGUUUGCAGGCGUUGCUGAUACGAUUUCAACAGGAAUUUAGCGAAAAAGUUGCAUCCGUGGAGGAAAGAUUGCGCGAACGUGAAACUCGACUUGCUCGCGAGUGGGAGGCGCUUGAGACGGAAAAGAAGAGUUUAUUGAAACUGCGACAGGAGAUGGAGAGAGAACGCGAGCAGCUGCAGAGAGACCGCGAACAAUUAGAGCGAGAACGAGAGGCUGUCGUAGAGCGAACUCGACUGCAAGCGACGGAAAUUUCAACAAACGACGAAGGGGCUGUUGCAACUCGUGUUGAGACAUCGGAAAUUCGAAAUGAGCCUGUCAUGUUUGCUUCGAGAGAUAUUCGCUACUUUCCCUCUUCUGAGAGGAUAUUGCAGAUGCAGCGAGAAAGGGCAGAGAAGGAAGAAGGGCAUGAAAGACAACGACCAGAGCAUGAGGAGAUGCAUAAGAGAGAACCACCGGAGCCAGACGAAACUGCAAACGAAAACGUUGUUGUGACUUAUGUUACCACACCAAAUGAUUUUUUGGUUCAUCUCGUCAGAGAUAAAGCUAUCCUCACUGACGUGAUGAAUAAACUUCAAGAGGUUGGUGAACGUCCAGACCUCAUAGCCGAUCGAUUUUGGGAAGGAAGGCUGUACUGUGGACAGUUCACUGAGGAUGACAUGUGGUAUAGGGUGAAAGUUCAAUCAAAUGCUUUAUCGCUAAAUCCUCAAUUUGGUGACAAUCCUGUAGUCGAGACUAGUGUUUGUGUCAUGUAUGUGGAUUUUGGGAACUCAGAGUGGCUACCUGCAAACAGAUUGAGAUUACUACCACAAGGGUUGGAAACUAUACAACCAUUGGCUAGACAUUGCUGCUUGGUUGAUGUGCAAGCAACUGGCAUGAAGUGGUCUGAUGAGGCUGUACGUCUUUUUGAAGAAGUUACAAGUGAAAUUCCUCUGGAAAUGAAAAUCUUUUGGCAAGUUGACAAAACUAUGUUUGUUGACUUGCUUGGAGUACAGAGUCGGACAGCAGAGCUUGGUUAUCCUCAAUGUUCAACUGUCAGUGAGCUACUUUUAUCUGCAGGCCAUGCGUCUGUUUCUGGUGCUUCUCCUCAGUCAGAGCCUGUAGGUACUGGGAGUUUGUCGUACUUGAGAAAGCUAAUCAACCCAUCUAUGGACACUCACCGCCCAGUUGUUGUGACUCACUUUCUAUCUCUUCAAGAUCUACAUGUUCAGCUGUUAUCUGACCAGGUGGAAUUGAACGAUCUCAUGGCAGACAUUCAAAAUGAAUAUCACAAACUGAACAUUAAUGACCUGGCUGUAACAGAUCCUCAGCAAGGUGAAGCUGUCUGUUCCUUGUUUAGUGAUCAGAAAUGGUACAGAGCUGAAGUCAUUGAUGUACUUGGUCCAAGAAAAGUGUCUGUUGCCUAUGUUGACUAUGGCAAUGUAGAAGAAGUGGAACUGUUUCAUGUAAAGAAACUGUCUGGAACACUGAUUCGCAGACUACCAGCCCUGGCUUUGCAGUGCAGUCUUGUUGAUGUUGGCAAUAUUAUGGAGCCUGAGCAGCAAUGUCCAGCAGAGGUUUUGGAGCAAGUCAAUAGACUAUGCAGUAGUAGUGACUUGACAAUGGUUGUGAAAGGGGUCAGAGGAACAGUACUUGAUGUUGAGUUCUUUGAGCCUUCUGUAGGCAGUGUAAAUCAAUUGCUGUUACAGACAAUAGCAUCAACUCAGAAAGAUCACAGGCAUAACAUCAUCAGCCGCAUUUGCUGGUAG